UUUCUUUUCUCUGAAUCUCUCUUCCAUUUCCAGAUACAUAGAAAGCACACCACACCAUCCCCCAUUCCAGCCAUGGCUAGCCAGCAAAACCUCUUUUCUCUGAAGGCGAACAUCUCUUCACCUUCGGCUACCAUUGAAACAAUGUUCGAUGGCUUCAGGAGGUGUGUACGUGUGUACAAUAGCAUCGAGGAGAUCAUAUGCAGCCAAAUUAUCCUUUGCCAGAGCAACAAAGGUAGGCUGUGGAGCUUGAGCUACAGCACUAUCUUGCACUGAUCGACAUCCUAGAGAGCUUUUCUUAGCUCAAGACAAGCACUCAGGAAAUUACAUUGGCUCUCAGACCAAGAUCCAGUCCUUCAGCCGUUUGACCAAGAUGGGGCCAAAACAGUGGAAGAAGAUCAACAAGAAAUCUCCUUCAGCUGACGAGGGUUGCAGGGUGGUCAAACUGUUGGCUGGAGCAAGAGAGGUCGUUGCUUCAAUGCUUCAGUCACCCAGGCGGCUCCUACUGAAGUAAAUUGUGAUGCAGAUUUAUAACAAGUGGUAUCUUGUCUCUAAGUUCACUUCUAUGCAACAAGGAGCAAAUACUGAAACUGGAGUUUCGUUGUUCUUAGGGCAGUGCUUAGACUUUGUUGAGGAGAUUGAUCAGAGCAGAGUUUCUUUUCUGAAUGCACCCACCUAUUAGAGGAUCAGUUUAAUGUUUAUGCUGUUGAUAGCUUGGACAGCGUCUUCAAUAAUAAAACAACUCUGGAGCAUUUAACUCAGAUGGAUCUUCAGAAAAUAUAGUUACUCAGAAAUGCUCAUCAUUGCUGGCCGUCAUACAAGCUAAUACCAUAUUGUUCAAACCGAGUUUUGGAAUGUGUCUCUACAAGAUGGCCAUGUUAUUCAGAUGCCAUGUGUUGCUCAGAAACAAGCAAAGGAUCCUUGUGUAGUGGAUCUUGCUAUCCAUGGCCAAAUCAAGCCAACUCGAAUAUCCAAGGUUGAGCAAGCAAGUAGCAUGUGUUGUGCAACACACCACACCUAUUCAAUUCAGUAAAUGUAUAAUAACUAGAUAACAGGUAUGCACCAACCCAUACUCGGUUAGUACACCAUACAAAAUAUUUAGAACACACAAUUUUGUCAAGAUCCACCAAUAGAGUAAACCUUCCGGUUGAUUCUUGUCGCCAAGUAAUGGAACAUGACAAUGUGAUAUCUCAUUGGAAGAAUAGCUACUGCACUAAAGAAUUUGAACUACACAUGGGCUAAGAUUCCAAAUGUUGCACCAGAUCUCACAAACUUGGUAUACAAAACUGUGGAGAUGAGUUGGCAUGAUUCCUUGUGUCUACCAUUCGAAUGGCACUGUAUCAUACAGUUCCUCUGUAUAAAUAGGCCUCAGAAGAAGGCUAAACACAUCAAACCGAAAGGUGCUCUCUCAUUCUCAUAUCUUCAAACCUCAAGUACUCAACACAGAGGAAAGAGUCUUAGCAACAGAUAUGGCUUGCCAUCUUAGAUCAGUUAGUUUGCCUUCUAGGCCUCACACCAAGGUUGAAGAGGACCUGCACAGCCUAGAGGCAAGCAUCUCUUCACCCUCCAUGACCAUCGAGACUAUCUCCGAUGGUUUGAGGAGGCUUGGAGACAUCUACAGCACCAUUGAAGAGAUCAUGUGCCUUCCUAGCAACCAAAUUUGCUCUUCCCAGCAAAGGAAGAUGUUGGAAGGUGAAACCGAGUGCUCCCUUGAGCUACUAGAUCUCUGCAACGCCAUGCAUGAGGACUUCACCGAGUUGAAGGCCAUUAUCCAAGAUCUGCAAGUGGUGACCAGAAAAGGAGAUGACACCGCUGCUCAAGUCAAGAUCCAGUCUUACACCCGCCUAGUGAAGAAGGCGAAGAAACAUUUCAAGAAGGUCGCGAAGAAGGUUACAUCUGACAAGAAGGACUACAGGAUGGUCAGGCUGUUGAGCGAGGCUAGGGAGAUCACCACCUCUCUCCUCGAGUCAACAGUACACCUCUUGUCCAAGCAAAUCGCAGUGCCAAAAUGGUCUCUCGUCUCCAAGGCAUUCCAGAAGAACUCGGUUGUCUGCAAGGAGGAGCAGUUGCAGGUCCUAGAGUGCAGUGUUGGAGAUCUUGAGACUGGAGCAGGAAUUCUGUUCCGGAGAUUGCUCCAGAGCAGAGUUACUCUCCUAAACAUUCUUAGCUCAUAGAUACUCUUCAACAUCUGCUACUCUUGCACCGUGCGAUUGGCUUUCACCUUUUAAAGGAUUGCUGAUCUUUCUCAGUGUGUGUGUAUAUAUAUGUAGAAAUGUACAGAAUACUCCAUACAGAAAGGAAACAAAAGUUUUGAUCGAACUCAUACUGUGAAUUCAACCUUUGCAUGCUUCUGAGAUUCCGUGCUGGUCCAUAACUACCUACUUGUUUGUACCUUGUAUAUUCAUGUGGCCACGUUGCCUCACACCUGCUUAAUCUCAUGAUUUUGUUUUAGCAUCUUUCCCUUACAUGCCAGGUCCAAACUACAAGGCAAGCUUGCAAAUGGAUAACAUGCUGGCCAGAUUUUCUUCACGGCGACAUAGCCUGGCCUGUUAUUGCAUUGUUUUUGUUUGCACCCAGCAUCUAAAACACAAUUGCAGUGAAAGAGAUAACAACUUCAAUUUUUCUGUUGGCAAGGCUGUGGUGGUUACAGAACAAUCUGAAAAUUUUCUAGAAUUCUCGUGUACUUCUGAUGAUACUCAGUACUGGUAUCCAUAUCAUUUGAGCACAUACAUGACAGUGCAAUAUGGCGUGGCUGCGCACUACCUUCAUUACUGACACAAACCAAAUAAGUUCAGUGAGCGAGAAAUUAUGUGCAGAGCACAUAAAUUUUAAACCAAACGCGUGGAUUUAGAAUAACCUGAUAAGAUGCAAAUUCUGACGACUCAAUAGUUUUCAUUGGCUCCAUCAGCUCAGGCGGUACAACCCAGCUAGGUCACAAGGCAUGGCAGCAGACAGAGAACUAAGAGCUAACUAGAUGCAUACCACGGUGGCUUCAAAAGAUAAUCGCGGGGUGAUGAAUCUCUUGCUUGUGCUUCAAAAGAUAAUCUCGUCCAUGCUCAAACCCUCAUGGGGUGAAGCCUUGGACUGGAGAGGUUGGGUGGCUGAAAGAUUGGCUUGAA